AUGGUCCCUCCGGCGCCGCGGCCGCCCCCGGACGCGCCGUGGGUCGUGCAGAAGUAUGGUGGAACGAGCGUGGGCAAGUUCCUCACGACGAUCGUCGACUCGAUCACGCCGUCGUACCUGCAGACGAACCGCGUCGUGAUCGUUUGCUCGGCGCGCUCCGGGCAGACCAAGGCGCUGGGCACGACGAACCUGCUGCUCCAGGCGAGCCAGGAGGCCAUGUCGUCGGCCUGUGCGCCGCUGUCAACUGGAUCGACACCCAUGUCGUCGUCGUUCCAUGGCGGCUCGCUCUCGUCGUCGCAGAUCGAAGGCGCGCCGUCGUUCCACGCUACCGUCGACAAGAUCCAGCAGGACCACCUCGACGCGGCCGCGACGGCCGUGCCGAACAGCAGCGAGCUGCGUGCACAGCUCGAAAGCGACAUUGUCGCCGAGUGCGAUAGCCUGCGCGAGUUCCUCCAGGCGGCGAGGAUCCUCAACGAGGUCUCGCCGCGCUCGCGCGAUGUGAUUAUGGGACUGGGCGAGCGCCUCGCGUGCUGCAUCGUGUGUGCCGCGCUGAAGGACCGCGGCAUUGCGUCGGACCUCAUCACGCUCGAAUCGGUCGUGAGCGAGAUCGACGAGGACAUUGUGCGUCCGCCGUCCAACACCUGGGAAAGCAGCAACUAUCUGGAGCAGCCGUUCUACGACGCGCUCUCUGUCGUGCUCGCCGACAAGAUCCGCGCGUGCAGCGGCGUGCCGGUGGUCACGGGCUACUUCGGCAAUGUGCCCGGCUCGCUGCUCAGCCAGGUCGGCCGUGGCUACACGGACCUGUGUGCGGCGCUCUGUGCCGUCGGCCUCAAGGCGAGUGAGCUGCAGAUCUGGAAGGAGGUCGACGGCGUGUUUACUGCGGAUCCCCGCAAGGUCCCGACGGCGCGCCUCGUCCCGUCCAUCACGCCGGAAGAGGCCGCCGAGCUCACGUACUAUGGCAGUGAGGUCAUCCAUCCGUUCACGAUGGAGCAGGCCAUCAAAAAGUCGGUGCCGAUCCGCAUCAAAAACGUGGAGAACCCGACCGGCUCGGGCACGGUCAUCUUCCCUGACCACACGUCCGUGUCCGUCGACGACGAUAUCCGGCACGAUCCCUUCGUUGACGGGCAUGUCGAGCAGCCUGGCCCGCCGUCAGGCUCCUGCACGCCGGACGUCGUGGCGGAGCGGCGCAAAGCGCCGACGGCCGUGACAAUCAAGGACAACAUCCUCGUGCUGAACGUGCACAGCAACCGCAAAACCAUCAGCCACGGCUUUUUCGCGCGCAUCUUUGGCACGCUCAACCGCUACGGCGUCGUGGUCGACCUGAUUUCGACGUCGGAGGUGCACGUGUCGAUGGCCAUGACGGCCGAGCUCAAGCCGCGCACGCUCGAGCGGCUCAGUGCGGAGCUGGAGCACAUUGGCACCGUGAGCGUGCUGCGCAACAUGGUGAUUCUUAGCCUCGUCGGCAAGGAAAUGCGGCACAUGGUCGGUGUGGCUGGCCGCAUGUUCAGUACGCUCGCGGAAGGCAACGUCAACAUUGAGAUGAUCAGUCAGGGCGCGAACGAGAUCAACAUCUCGUGCGUGAUCCACGAGGCCGCUGCGCUCAAGGCACUCAAUCUGAUCCACUACUCGAUCCUCGAACUGUCGCCCAAGCCAUGCAACAUGGAGGGCGGCACCUUUGGGCGCUCGUUCUUCUAG